UAAAGGCGCACUGAGCGUCAGCUGAAAGCAGCUUGGCAACGCGACUGCACUUUAUCAUAAAUCUAUGGUGGACAGCACAGAUCAAGGAUAGGCCAGCGACCUUAUAUUUUAUCAAGAAUUAUCUCACUCUUUAGUGCACCAUCCGAAUGGAAACAUGGACACCACCUACAAAGGAGGAAUUGUAGUCAACAAUGUCCAGGAACUAUGAGCCUGGUCACUCAGUAGGGAUGUUGGCUGCUGUGGAACAUGGUCCCAUCCUCUGCAGCGACUCCAACAUCCUCUGCCUCUCCUGGAAGGGCCGGGUCCCCAAGAGCGAGAAGGACAAGCCUGUGUGCCAGCGGCGCUACUAUGAGGAGGGCUGGUUGGCCACAGGGAACUGUAGAGGGGUGGUGGGCGUGACGUUCACAUCCAGCCACUGCAGGAGAGACAGGAACACCCCUCAGAGAAUCAACUUCAACCUGCGAGGACACAACAGUGAGGUUGUGUUGGUUCGUUGGAAUGAGCCCUUUCAGAAGUUGGCCACGUGUGACAUGGAGGGAGGCAUCUUCGUCUGGAUUCAGUAUGAGGGACGGUGGUCUGUAGAGUUAGUGAAUGACCGUGGUGCCCAGGUGAGUGAUUUCACGUGGUCCCAUGAUGGCACUCAGGCCUUGAUCGCCUACAGGGAUGGGUUUGUCCUGGUGGGGUCGGUCAGCGGACAGAGACACUGGUCCUCAGAGAUCAACCUGGAGAGCCAGAUCACCUGUGGCAUCUGGACACCUGACGACCAACAGGUGUUGUUUGGUACAGCCGACGGUCAGGUGAUAGUGAUGGACUGUCAUGGUCGCAUGCUGGCCCAUCUCCUGCUACACGAGUCAGAUGGCAUCGUCGGCAUGUCCUGGAACUGCCCCUGCUUCCUAGUGCAGGACAGCACAGAAAGCGACACUGACUCUGAUGACAAUAACCCACCUCAAGUGCGUAUCCUGAAGCCCCUUCUGACAGUUAGCUUCAUAUCAGGAGACAUCAGUUUGAUGAACAACUAUGAUGACCUCGCUCCUACCGUCAUCCGCUCAGGACUCAAAGAUGUGGAGGUCCAGUGGUGUUCUCAGGGGGACCUCCUGGCGGUAGCUGGAAUGGAGAGACAUGGGCUCCCUGGAGUCCCCUCUGACUCUAUCAUGAGGAACGCCCUGGUCAAAUUCUACAACAUCCAAGGAGAACAUAUCUACACGUUAGAAACACCUGCCCAGUGUCCCAUCACCACCAUCUGCUGGGGCCACAGAGACUCUCGUCUGUUCCUGGCGUGUGGCCCGGUGCUGUACGUGGUGCGUGUGGAGCACCGGGUGGCCAGCCUGCAGCUGCUGUGCCAACAGGGCAUCGCCAGCGCCCUGCGGGAGGAGAGGGACGUGGGCAAACUCAACAUGCCCUCCAUACUCUGCUCCUACGUCACAACCGCCUUCAUACCCACCAUCAAGCCUCCUAUUCCUGAUCCCAACAACAUCCGGGACUUUGUCAGCUACCCCACUGCUGGCAACGAGAGGCUGCACUGCACCAUGAAGCGAGCGGAGGACAACCCCGAGGCAGGGGGACCCUGUUACACCCUCUACCUGGAACACCUAGGGGGGCUGGUGCCCAUCCUCAAAGGCAGACGCAUCAGCAAGCUACGGCCAGAGUUCAUCAUCAUAGACCCUAAAACAGACAGCAAAGCAGAUGAGGUGUGUGUGAAUGCUAUGAUCUCCUACAUGACUGACAGCUGUAACUGUUCCGACUCCAGCGACAUUGAGUUGAGUGAUGAGUGGGUCGGGAAGAAGUCACCUAAACUAUCCAGAGGAAACAGAUCACCCAAGCUUUCCAGAAGGAACAUGGAAUCUAGAAAAUCUCCCAAAAUGUCCCGGGCUAGUCAGGAAGGCCCACGAUCACCACGGUUACCAACAAAGAAGCCUCCAAUUCGAUCUCCCAGUCUGACGCGUCGAGAGAUGUCCAUGGAUGGAAUCUCUGAGCAUAAUUAUCUUGCUCAAGUCACGUCCAAUAUAUGGGGGACAAAGUUCAAAAUCGUUGGACUUGCUUCUUUCCUACCUGCUAAUCUUGGUGCAGUUAUCUAUAAGACCAGUUUGCUCCAUCUACAACCAAGGCAGAUGACAAUCUACCUUCCGGAGGUGCGGAAAAUAUCACUUGACUUCAUGAGCCUGCCUGUCUUUAACCCAAAUGUCUUCAGUGAGGAUGAGGAUGACUUGCCAGUGAUGGGACCAUCUGGAGUGACAAGUGACAACCCUCCCUGUACGGUCAACAUCCCCAUUGCACCCAUCCACAGCCCUGCCCAAGCCAUGUCCCCCACUCAGAGCAUUGGUCUGGUCCAGUCCCUGCUGGCCAAUCAGAACAUCCAGCUGGAUGUCUUGACCAAUCCCACGGCUAUGGCUUCAGCAGCAGCGGCGGCGGCCGCUGCAGCUGCAUCAGCCUCUAUUGCAGGGCCUGAUCACAGUCAGAAUGCAGUAGCAGCACAGUACAGUGGGACUCUGGGAAGGUACUCCAACCCAGGACAGAUACAACAGCAACACCAACAGAUGCAGAGGCAGCACCAACAAAUGCAGCAGCAAAUGAAGCUGCAGAUCACCUUGCCCCCUCCGCCUACUGGCUAUCCCACCAUCUCUCUGCAGCAGUUCCAGGUACUGCAACAGAUACCCCACCCCAGUGCAGAGUUGGGACCAGAAAGAGGAGAGCAGGGGCAUAGUCAGAGCCAUACUCUGGGCAGGCCAAGUCUACCGCGGUCAAGGCCUCCAUCAUUCAUUGACGUAGACAGCUUACGGUCUAGGCCUCCUUCCUUCAUCGAAGCGGACACAUCAAGAUCUAGACCGCCGUCAUUCAUCGACAUAGACACAAUACGGACUAGACCUCCUUCUUUCAUUGAUGCAGAUACAGGUACAUUGCGGUCUAGACCCCCGUCUUUCCUCGAUGUGGACUCCUCCCGAUCCAGACCUCCUUCAUUCAUAGACACAGACACACUACGGUCCAGACCUCCUUCCUUCCUCGAUGCAGAGACUUCCCUUGAGAUCCAGAUGAGAAAGGUGAACCCUCCACCACCCUACCCAGGCACCGUAGUGUCUGCAGCCACCGCCACAACCUCCACCACUCCUCAGACCCUCAUCACCAACUGUGACAACCCUAGCAUACUGGUCACAGCAGACCCGUGUCUGAAGAAAGACGAGUUCUCACUCCACCCAGUUGGUCUCCAGUAUCAGAUGGGAUACGAGAGGAUCACAACCUUUGACAGCAGUGGGAAUGUAGAGGAGGUGUGUCGCCCUCGCAGAAGACUCAUACGCAACCAGAACACCUACGCUGCUCAAGGCAUGGGAGGUUCGGCCACACUUAAAGUCACCUCAUCGUCUGACAGUAAGAAAGUCCUGCUUCCUUACAGCUCAGCAACUCUAAGCCGCCUUUCGGUGCCACGAUACUCCAUACCCAGCGGAGACCCGCCCCCCUACCCAGAUCCAGCCAAUCAGGUUAACAUUAACACGACGACACUUCCUCCUCCCCAACGCAUGGACAGUAGUCACAUGAUUCACGGCACCUUGCGACCUGACCGGCGAGACGUGGAAUCCCGCCUGAAGGUGUCCCAGAUGGUUGACGCUUCAAGGACUCUACCAACCAAGUCUAAGAUCAACAGUGCUGCCCUAGCGCUCUCUUACCAGCAGAGGGUGCCCACGGCUCUGUAUACCUGCACUCAGUGCAGCAGCAACAGCAGCAGCACCAGUGUCAGUGUUAGCGGUGGUGGUAGUAGCAGCAGUGGCAUCGUAGGAGGCACUGUAGUGCGACAGGAUUUCCCACCAGGAAAAGUUGCACAUCACAGCACCAUCAUUGUUCACUCUAAAAGCACUUCCCCUCAAGCUUCUCAGUCGUCUUACAAUCUGCUGAGUCCUAUUGAUAACAGCAGGGAUAGGACUGUGUAUGUGAACUCUGCCUUUACCGAAGACGAGACAUUAAGUCAGCAGUGUCGUCACUUGACACUUGGGGAGGUUAGUUUGACUCUGAAACGUCCCCCACCAUACCAGUGGGACCCCAACACCUCAGAGGAGUUCUGGAUACCCCCAGAACAGACUAUCUUAGCUCCCCCUCCACCACCAACGCACAAACCACCACCCCCGCUCAUCUUCAGCAAUGCUCAGCAUCUGGACAUGACACGGCUGCCUUUCGUACUCUCAACAAAACCUCCCAGCAGCCCAAGUACUGUUACUUUCCCAUCGGGCUACCAGAUCUCUCUGUCACCUUUCCCUCCAGGGGUAGGUCAGGGUGGAUCCCCACUCCAGUCCAUGCAGAGCCUUCCACCACCCAGCCCUCCCAACGAAGUAGUUGCCCCAGUCCCCCAGUUUGCCCAGCAGGACCCCAACCUGGUCUUGCCACCUGGAUACCCUCCCAACCAUGCCAACCUAGCUUGCUGCCCACUGCCCCCAAUGUACCCAGGGGCCACAUCCUGUGCCGGGCUUCAGCAGCACCCUGUUAGCCUGCACCCCUGGAACCCAUAUAGCCUACCCAUGCAGGACCCGUCAGGCUCUGCCACCCUCCCCAGCAAGUCUCAUCAGGUGUUAGAGAAGCCAGUCCUCUCCCCACCUCCUCCUACUGCUCCUCCUCCCCCACCUCCUUCACUUCCUCCUCCUCCUCCACCAACCGAGCUGCCGAAACCCAAAAGCCCUACAGAGGAGCUGGCAGAAUCUGCCAGUAGCUUCCAGGAGCCGUCUUCUCCAAACCAAAGCCCUGUUCCAGACCGACAGGGGUCCGACAGGUUCAGCAAGAAAAGUCGUAAACGUCUGGACAGCCGAGCCGAGGAGGCAAACAUGACCACCGUCUCAGAGGGAAAAUCCAAAAAGGAAGGGCGCGCCCUCUCCGACUUCAACUCCCUAAUCUCCAGCCCCAGGCUUGGCUGCAGGGAGAAGAAGAAACCCAAAGGCCAGAGGGAGCAGCUGAACAAAACCAAGAAGCUCAACAGGACCAGUACCACCAGCGAGUUCCAGGACAGUUCGGAGAGCGAGCCUGAGCUCUUCAUCAGCGGAGACGAACUGAUGAACCAGAGCCAGAGCUCCAAGAAGGGUUGGAAGAGUAAGAGGAGCCUGAGGAUGGCCAGUGAACUGGAGGAGAUUAAGUGCAGGAAGGCCAAUGAGAGAGAGGACCGCGGGCUGGGCAGCCAGGGAUUCAUCUACGUCAUGGCCAAUAAGCAGCCACUCUGGAACGAGGCCACACAGGUCUACCAGUUGGACUUCGGAGGACGGGUCACUCAGGAGUCUGCUAAGAACUUUCAGAUCGAGCUGGACGGGAGACAGGUGAUGCAGUUUGGCAGAAUCGAUGGGAACGCAUAUAUCCUGGAUUUCCAGUAUCCUUUCUCAGCAGUGCAGGCCUUUGCUGUUGCCUUAGCCAAUGUUACUCAAAGGCUGAAGUAAGAGACUGCUCUAACCAGUGGUGUAGUGGAGGAUAUUUUGCGCAAGCGUUUACCCACCUUUUGCAGAAAAAUGCAUUGAAAGUAUAGGGAGCGUUACAUUACUCACCGCAAAUGGCGAUCAGUGUUUACCCACCUAUGUUUUUUUACCACUACAUCACUGGCUCUAACCCAACGCCACAUAUGUGUCAUAUACAGUAUAUGGCUCUGUUACAACGGACUCUGGUGCAAAGUGACAGAAUAAUCAUAGAUGAUUAUCCUGGGUCCUGUAACAUGGGACUGUCAAUGUAGUGCUGUGCUGGACAAGACGGUUAAUGGGGCUAUGAAAUACACUUUAGUAAGCCUCACAACAAAGCUUCUUAGUAGGUAAGUUGUUCUUACUUACCGUACAUAUGCAUUGGAUUUAAAAACUGCCCUGUGGAGACGUGCCAUUUUAAAAGACGUGACUAACAUUGCAGGUUAUAAUGGUCAUAAGAAAAGUAAGUACAAUGUUGGAUAAUGUUGAAAUAAUGUAUUGUGAGAGAGGAGACCAUGUUGAUUGUGGAAAGACAACAUGAUGAGUUUGAAAGUAAAAUAGUUUAUUUAGAUGUUAAUUCGAAGAUCACUUCUAUGAAGUGAUCCUAGGAAUAUCCACAUUUCCGUAAAUUAUGCCAUAAUUUACAUGCCAUUAUGUAAAUGUUAUUGUAGGACCACAUACCCUCAUACGAGAUAAAUUGUAACACAUUUAUAACUAAAUUGUAACAUGUAUAUUAUCAAUAUUAGACCUAACUUUCUGCCCAUCAUUUCAUUUGGUUGAACCUAUGAAAAAAAAAAAUUAAUGCAUGUGUAAAUCAUUCACCAAAAUCAUCAAAUGCAUGGAUCAUGUAUCUGGGGAAAAGUUUAUACAUCUGCUGCUAGAUCGGUCAACUCAUGUUAAAUCCUGCAAAGAAAAGAAAAGUUAUCCUUAAUUUAAUGCUAUGGUGUAUAAGCUUGGUUGGCUCUGUGUUUUAGUCACUGGGUGUGGUUAUGAUGCUACUUGAACAUUGCAUUUGAAUGUGAAGUGCUUUGCCUCCUUGGAGUUUCUGCUGCUGCUUUUGAUAGAUAGAGAUUGUCUGCAUUAUUGCUAAUAGUGUGUCACUUGGUACUGAAGACAUUGAAGUUAUCAUUUUUUAUAUUUUCAGAUUUUAAUAGGAUUUUAUUGACUCAUUUGUGAACAUGUUAUUCAGUAAUUAACAUUUGUCUUGGGCUGCUUUAUCUGAAAGUACGGUAACUGCCGAAAUAAUGGAAACACUUGAGUAAAUGAGGGAUACAAAGUAUAUUGAAAGCAGGUGCUUCCACAUAGGUGUGGU